AUGGACUUCAUAUUGUUCAAAACGGACCAGUCAUAUGUAAACUUGUUCGUAGGUGGAGAGGUAUACCCCGUGCAGCUGAGAACGCUGCUCAAUCCUGACACAUGCGGCUCGUAUUUCAAGGAUAGAGUGAUCCGAGCAGGAGAAUCUGUAAAGGUGCAAUGCACGCAAUGGGAAGGUUCACCAAACCACAUCAAAUAUCGUAUGGAUAUCGAUCGAGAUGGACUGCUUUUCAGAGAAGUACUACAAUUUAUUCGUAACGGACGACGUACCAGUAUACCAGAGAACAGAUUUCAACUACAACAAUUAGUGUGUGAAGCCGAGUUUUUCGGCCUAGAGCUCUACCGGAAGAUGCUUCGACGCCGUCUAUGGAAACUUACUGGCAAAGCUACUUUCUACGCAUGCUAUUCGGAUUCUGAUUGA